GUCGGAACCGGAAGUUGCGGUGAUGUCACGCUUGCUCUCGCGUUCCCAGGUUCCCAGUGUAGGACGACAACAGCUACAGGAUACUUAAAAACUUUGACAAACUCUGACGAAAAGCCGCUUUAAAGUACAUUAAAGUUUCCCACCGCGAUGCACGGGGGUAUUUAAAGCGGCCGGGUUGUGUUACAGAUGCGGGCCGGUUGUUGUUAGCGAAUGGAUUCCGGCUUUGGUGUCCAGCGGAGGGCCGGUGGCGGCUCUCCCGCUGUGGGAGCGUCGCAGCGCCGCAGGAAGAUUCCGCCCAGAGCCGCUGAUUUUAAACUGCAGGUGAUCAUCAUCGGUUCCCGUGGCGUGGGGAAGACCAGCCUGAUGGAGAGAUUUACAGAUGAUACAUUCUGCGAGGCGUGCAAGUCAACUGUGGGUGUGGAUUUUAAAAUCAAAACUGUAGAGCUGAGAGGAAAGAAGAUCAGGUUACAGAUCUGGGACACAGCGGGUCAGGAGAGGUUUAACAGCAUCACUUCAGCCUAUUACCGUGGUGCGAAAGGCAUUGUCCUGGUCUAUGACAUCACCAAGCAGGAAACCUUUGAUGACCUACCCAAGUGGAUGAAAAUGAUUGACAAGUAUGCGUCUGAGGAUGCCGAGCUUCUGUUGGUUGGGAACAAGCUGGAUUGCGAGUCCGAUCGCAUCAUCUCACGACAGCAAGCGGAGCGGUUUGCUUCACGGAUAUCAGGAAUGCGUUUCUGUGAGGCCAGCGCCAAGGAUAACUUCAACGUUGAUGAGAUCUUUCUCAAACUAGUCGAUGAUAUUUUAAGUAAGAUGCCACUUGAGGUCCCCAGUAGAGAGCUGUCCAACAGCGUCCUGUCACUUCAGCCCGAGCCCGAUAUCCCACCAGAGCUGCCGCCUCCUCGCAUGCGCUGCUGUUGAGACUCCUGUGCUUUUGUAAAAUCACUUCCUUUAAUUUCAUAACCCUAUGUGUGCAAUUACAGCCUUCCACCAGCAGGAGGUGAUAUGCUCAUGUUGUGAUGCCCUCUCACCGGUGAGCUUGAGACUCCAGCCCAAAUGGAGCAUAAUAGAGACAGGUCUUUACAAAAAAAGAUACAGUGCAUAUAAUCUUCUCGAGCGAUGGACUGUUUCACUUAACACAUAUUCUGUAUUUGGUACCAUGAUACGCCAACACGAAACAUUGUACCUUCACACAUUUUUUUUCUGAUGGUCCAUAUCUACACUACCUCAUUUCUGGGAAGCACAGGAUUGCGUUUGUCCGACAACGAUGUGCCUUCCUUUUCGGAUAGCGCUGCGCGCGUGCCACAAACACGCAUGACGGGAGUCGUACGAUUGGAACCCAUCAGAUCUUAUGUUUUAUGUGCGCCACUUCUGUUGAAUGAAGGAAACAUUUGGCAUUUUGGAAAUCUAUAUCUUCAUAAGACAUAAUGGCUGAUUAAUAUCAAAUCAAUAAAUUGUUUAAAUCAAUAGCUCCUCGUAACUAAGAAGCUCCUUUCUGAAUUGAUUUGGGAUUAAGAGCAAAGCGGAUAUAAAUUUCAUUCAAAGUGGAUCCGUAGUGGUUUGUUUGUCCCAUUUUUAAUCACCAGCACCUGUAGUGUAACGUAGCCACAUUCAAUCAGUGUUAAUGUUUUUUUUUUUUGAGUGUCCAUAAGUGAUUUUUUUUUUUUGCACUACAAUCCAUUUGUAGGUAGUUAACAAAUAGCUAACAUGCUGAAGGGUUAUUAAUGUUAUCUGGCAUCACUAAUAACUGUGGCUUAGUGAUGCUUUAUAGAUGCUGUUUAACUUUAAUAGAAUUACGGAGGAUUGUAAUUAAUUUUCAAGUUUUGGAAACCGGGAAAAGUAAUGCUGUCAUUAAAGGGCUAUUCUUCACGGAGAGAAGUUUGAUGAUUACACAGGAUGGUUUAAUAGUUGGAUGGCUUUCAGCAUCACUAACUGAAGAAUAACUACAACAUCCAACAUCAUGGCCUCAACUCUAUUUAUGCUAUUGCUGCAGAGAUAAAGGACUGAUAUAGUUAUGUAACAUAGCUAUCAUUUUUUUUUUUAAAGAGGAUUUGUGGGAAUGAUUAAGAGAACUGAACAGCGUAUGUGUAAGUAGUAAAUGUUUAAUACCUUUCACUUUUAGUGCAACUGUUAUAGUACAUGAGGAUUGAUGAGUGUUGCUAUGGAGCUUUAAAGACAUUUUGUGAUUCUUUUUGAGGGAAUCGCACAUGCAUAUAAUGUGUCGACCUUAUCAUAUUCACCCCAAAAAUUAAAAGAAAAACUUUUUUUUCACAUUGAGACAAUUACAGUUACCGUAAUGCAAGCAAAAUAUCUUUCUCAUUACUGUCAUACAGUCCCAGGUGAAAAAGUGGUACACUUUCAUUAUGUACUUAAGUUUCUAUUUUUGUGCACUAAUUUGGUACUUGAUGUACAAAUUUGUAUUUAAAGGGAUAGGUCACCCAAAAAUGAAAAUUCUGGCAAUUAUUCACCCUCAUGUUGUUACAAAUCUGUAUACAUUUCUUUGUUCUGAUGAACACAAAGGAAGAUAGUUUGUGGACCCCAUUCACUUCCAUAGUAGGAAAAAAAUAAUACUAUGGAUGUAAAUAGGGUCCACGAGCAGUUUGAAAUAUCUUCCUUUGUGUUCAUCAGAACAAAGAAAUGUAUACAGGUUUGUACCAAUAUGAGGGAGAGUAAAUAAUGACAGAAUUUUUAUUUGGGGGUAAACUAUCCCUUUAAAUACUAAAAUGUGCUUUUAACAUACUAUCUUUGUAUUAAAAAUGUAUUUAGAUACCACUUGUAGUAAACUUCAACGCAUCUUUCAUACAAAGAUACAUUUUCGCACAUUUUAAGUGCACUUAGAUGUUCUUUAGAAGUACUAAAGAAGAAUUUAAAAUACAGUAUUAGUAUGUAAAAAUACAGCACUUUAAAGGGAUAGUUCAGCCAAAAAUUAUAAUAAACCCAUGAUUAACUCGCCCUCAAGCCAUCCGAGAUAUAUAUCCAUAAUUUUUAAGACAAACACAUUUUUAGUUAUUUUUAGAAGAUGUCCUAGAUGUUUCUAUAGAUAUGGCGUCACCGUCCUUCAAACUUCAAGAUUGUGCAUCCAUCCUUCACAAAAGUAAUCCAGCCGGCUCCAUGAGGAUAAACAAAUGCCUUCUAAGGGUAUUCAUGAGUAGAAAUAUCCAUAUUUAAAACUUUACCAGAAGCUAGUUAUUUUCAUUUGUAACGCUGGCAUCUUACGCCAGUGUAUGCACUUUGCGGAGGGUUCUUUGCUGAUGCUCUGCGUCUCCGCCCUUCACAUUUGUCGAAAAAGUGCGUACACUACGCUGAUACUCUCUCUUGAAUGCAGAGGUGUCUAGGAUGGUGGCGUUACCAGAAGCUAGUUUUUUUCAUUUAUAAAGUUUUAAAUAUGGAUAUUUCUACUAUAAAACCGCAUGGAUUACCCGGCCUCUCUUUGGAUAACUUUGUGAAGGAUGGAUGCACAAUCUUUGGGCUUAAAGGAGGUGGACCAUAUAUUCAUACAUUAAAAAAUUGAAAGAUCGUGUCCAUCUUCUGAAAAUGUUUUGGUCUGAAAAAUGAUGGAUAUAUGCAUCUCAGACGGCUUGAGGGUGAGUACAUCAUGGGUUUAAUAUGAACUAUCACUUCAAGUAUAUAAAAGUGUACUUUUUUACCUGGGGUGAUGAAUAAACUAGACACAAUGGUUUUUCUUUUUUAAUUAAAUUAACAACAAUAAAUCUUUCUUGCAAAGAUUUGAAUGAUUCACAAUUUAAAUAAAUAAUUGUUAUUGCACAUUACAGUAAAAAGAAUUGUCUAAAAAAAUGGGGUCUUUAAGUUUUAUUUUUAAUAUGAUAUGGAAAGUUUAAGAACAACUUGGUUCGAUUUAAUACUUUAACAAAAUGAAGGUUUAUACAAUGCGUGUGUGUUUUGUGACUGUUUAUGUUGUGUGCCUCAGAUAAGUGUGUUACACUAAACUUAAUACCUGUUCUGUAUUUGAAGGACUGAUAUCUCAGUAUUACUAACUUAAAAACAGUAUUUUGACUGUAUUUCUGUUCUGUAUUAUUCAAAAAGCCCAGGUGUUCCUACGUUUAAUUUAUCCCCUUUCAGGUUUAGCGUAAGUACUUGAAAUGUCAUAACCAGCAUGUGGUUUAUUUGUGUUAACCGUGUUAGGGAACAUAUACUAACCUCAUGUUUGAAGGCUUGUGCUAUAUUAUAAAUUUGUGAGAUACUCUA